GGCAGGUCCACCAGCAAGCGCACCUAAUGAACCACGCAACCGGUGCGAAUGCUAAUCCAAUGGGACAACAACAGCUGACCCAAGUGCAAGUCUACCAGGGCAAUAACAAUCAAAACAACAGCGGCCAUCUAAUGGCCCAGAACCAAGGCCAGCAUCAGAGUAACUUCGUGCAGCUUUCUAGUGGUAGUGGACCAGGCAGCAACGCGAUGACUACAGCUAAAAAGUCACGUGGGCAUGUGCCUGCUGUGAUGACAAAGCAGGCCCAAGAGGAGGAGGAGGACAUCUUUCCGAUGGUCAUUAGCAGCACCAUGAAGGACCUGGCGGAGACAUGUGGAGAGCACGACCUCAUGAAGGCAGCCAACUACCCGACUAAGGACUUCUACUUCCCGAAAGCAGUGACCAGAAAACUGCUCGACGAUGGUGGUCCAGGUGGUGCGCCGACGUGUAGUCUGAUAGUCUGCCACUCUGGCGGAGCAAUGCAUAUCCAGGAGAUCUGCCUCCGCAUCACGGACACUGCGCGCGCUACCUACAUCUAUGAGAAGAUGAAACAACUACCCACUAAGCUGGACCUGUCGGAGCCAAAGUCUACUGCUGACCAUGAAAAGCAACUGGCACAGCAGAGCUCCGAUCUGAAGGAAUGCCUAACUUCUGCUGUCGGAGAUAAGCUGGGUAAGUUCGGUCAAGAAAUCCAGAGCCGCAUCUUCAGCGUCUCAAACAGACUGGAGAGCCUGGAGAAGAAGCAAGCACAAGGGAACCAAAGUGGACAGACCAUGGCGACUGGCGACAGCAGUAGCAUUAGUGGGCAUAGCAUCGCCAGCAAUACUAUGACAGGUUCGACUUCUAGCAAUAACGUCAACGAGUACCACUAUCAUAAAAUCUCUAGUCGUGGCGAGGGCGGAUCGAAUAAGAGGGACGCCGCUACUGCUCCUACCAUGAAGGCUUCUAGUAUCGGCCAACAGGGCCUACGGUCAGCCACCAGUAAGCACACCCAACAAUACCAACCGCAGCGCAGUCCUCUGACGCGAGUGCUCGGUAGUGUGGUGGCUGACGUGAAGGAGAACAUCAAAAACCGCAAGAAGAAUGAGGAAGCUGACAUCUCCCCACGCACUAAGGCGCAGAAGAAUGAAGAAGCGCGGAAGAACUUCAAGGCCAAGCAGCUGAAGCAAGAAGCUGAAGCCUGCGAUGACCUACUACAUAAGGCCUACACUGACACCAUCGAGAACCUCACCAAGAACAAGGCACGCCGCAACCCGCAAAACAACAAAGCUGAGGACUUUGAUAAUACCUACGAAAAAGAAACCAAUACCCUCCGGUCGAAGUUGGCUUGUAAGAAACCGGCUAAGCCCACCACCCGCCGCCGAGAGGCUUUCCUCGAGUGCCUUGCAGAGCGUCGAGAGUCCACCACGCAGCUGAGCGCGACGACAGUGGGCGCGAAGAUCGUGGAGCCACUGAAGACGAUGGUCAAAAACUACACACCGGAAAGCUACAUCGAUGACUUUAGGGCGAAGCUGAAACUCCGCGAGAACGACGAGCGCUCCCUCUUCUGCCUCGUCGCUACAUCUAGUGUCUUGCAUGAGCUUCGACGCGUUCAACAAGCCGAGAAGAACGCCAUCGAACAAGCGAAGCGCUAUGCACGUGAUGGCAUCCAUGAUGAUGAUGAUGAAUUUUCGCCGCUAGGUGGUAGUAAGAAGAAAGAAGUGUGAGGAGUCGCCCUCUGAGGCUGAAGAGGACUUCAUGCGAGACUUCAUGUCUGGCAGGAGCGACAACGUCAACACUGGCGGAGAUGAGCUCGGAGACGUGGAAGUGAUUCCAUGCAAGAACGGGGGAGGCCGCAACAACAACAACAACACUAAGGAAGCUGAUGAUGAUGAAGCUUUCGGCAUUGACGUCGG